GAGACACAGAUCUAUUUGCUGAAGAAAGAAGAGGGCGGUUCUCCCCGUCCUUUCCUCAACACACAACGCGGUCUCCUGUACUGUAAGACAUGGGACUGUGUCGGCGAACUCGUGGCCAAUGGCAAGGAUAUGAUGCUUCCGGGAGAAGACUCGUCCGUUUCCGUUAAGAUGUUGCGGCCAAUGAUCAUAGAACAGGGCGAUAGGUUCACGAUUCGCGACCGAAGCCAUACAAUAGCGACCGGUGUUGUGACCAAAGUGUUGCCGGAUAUGACUCCCGAAGAGAGGACUAAGUUUGAAAAGGGAAAGACUCGCAAAGAGAAGGAAGAAAUGGAGAGACGAUUAGCAGAAAUCGAAGAGGCCUUCAAAGAGGCUUAAAAACUGCACGACUUUUCCUAUAAUUGUAACCAUUUAUCACAUUUUCAGUCAAUUUUCAAUAUUUUAGAUAUUAUGUUAUAAACUGAUAGAAAUUCAUUUAAUUUAAUUGUACUUUCUUUACAAUUAUUGCUAAUUAAUAAAAAUAUCAAUAAAUUUUGACCCAAAAAUUAAUGAA